AUGACACUGCAAAGGCCAAGACAGUACGCUCAGAUCCCACCGCCAGGGGGAACUGUCUUCGUACCUGCUUUCAGGGAUACGCCUCCCCAGUACCAAUUACAUGCUAACCACAACAAUGCAAACGCUUCCCCCGACUUUCCAGCCCUGGUCAUGGAAAUUUACUCAAAGAUGGACAGUCUCAAGCAGCACGUCGAGGAUAGGAACCGGGUUAUCGCAGAACUGAAGGGCGAGAAUGUCGAUUUACAGCGACAGGUCACGGAUCUGCAAGGGCAGAUUACAGAACUUGAGCGUAGAUACGAGGUCAUCCAUGGCUGGUUGUCCGACGACACCGAAUACAUGGACCGUAUCCGUCUUCGACAUAUCCUAGACCGUGGCCCAAGCAUUUGCUAG